UUUUUGUAUACUCAAUGUUCCGCCUUAUCCUGUGUUGACUACGACACCACGCGUCCCCAAAUCAUAUCGAGAAUAUACAUUGUUUGCCUCAUGGCUGGCCUGACAGUUUUGAUUAUCCUGUCGUGGUUGUUGGCUGGCGCAUCAUGUAGUACAUUCAUCAACCCAGGACCUUCUUCAGGAAAGGAAGAUGACAGUACAAAACCAUCUUACCCUCAAGGCUCAAAUUUGGAGAUAUCGUGGACACCACCAGAUAACACCAGUAAUGGAGUCUCUAUCGUUCUCUACCAACUGAACCAGACGACCAAGGUGUAUUUUGAUGAUAUGGAAUAUCUGACGCAAGGCGCAGUUGGCGUGACGAGAUAUGCAUGGCUGGUUGGUACAAGAAAGAAUCUCAAAGUUUCCAAUUUGUUCUACCUCAGUAUAUUCGAAGAAGGCAAGGCGAAUGCAGAUGCAAAUAGUCGCCAAUUCAACAUUGAGGCCGAAAAGGAUAAAGACCAGCCAUCAUCUACCUCGAAUGAUACCCCGAGCUCAACGACGCCAAUUACUUCCUCAAAGCCUACGAAUGGUAUUGACCCCAAACCCGGGGCUCCGACGAAUGCCGGUACCACAGUCAAUUCUAUUAAGAACUCUCCGUCAUCAACUUCCUCAGAGAUUCCUACAACCAACAACAACGAUGGUUUCCCUAUAGAUGCAAAAAUUGGGAUUGCAGCGAGUGUUCCAAUUGCUGUGAUCAUCAGUGCUGGGCUUAUCGCUUUUCUGCUUAAGCGUAGGAAAGACAACAAGAGACAAGAGAGUGUGCCCAUCACCACAGCAGCACCCCCUAUUGAAGAGCUACAGAAGCACUAUCACAACCAUCCUGGCAGCUAUCAUCACUACGCUUCAAGCAUGAGCGAGGCUCCAUCGCACAUGUAUGAUGAUCCGAUUGAACUUGGUGCUAGACCUCAAGCCCAUCCCAGGCUGGCGACUGAGCCUGUACGUUACGAGAUGUAG